AUGGCGACUCCUCGUCGAAAUGGGCAAUUGUCCUCGUGUGAGCCAUGUCGGACCUCAAAACUGCGGUGUGAUCAUACUAGUCCGAGAUGUGGGCGCUGCGAGCGCCGCAGCCUUCGGUGCGUCUAUCACCCUGCACCCUUGACUCGCACAUCCGAGGGGAUUAUGCCCAAAAGGCUUCGCCCGCUGCGUGAGCCGAAGCACCUUAGCAACCUGAAUAGACUGCUCAAUAACGACGAGACUUGGACGCAGAAACAGGCAUCUGUUUCAGCUCCUGGGUUUCUGGGCCAGACUAGCUAUUCGGACGUUUUUACGGAUAUCACGAGUGGCUUGUCUACUGGGAGGCUGCAAGUGGCUGACCAAAACACCGUUCCCGUCGACCCCAAACGAAUCAAUCUUGGUGCACAAGUCUUGGCACUCUUGGAAAACCUUUCGUUUUACAGAGAGGUUGUCACUAUCAGAUUCAAUAUUUGGAAGGGGUGGACGCUUGGGUGGAAGAUUACAAAUAUGAUAUUUACUGUGGUGGAAGAGAUGUGGGAUCUCUAUGAGAAGGAAGAGACGGACACCAUUCCACGGGCUGUCCUGAUGUCCACAAGGCUGUUUGAGACUCACUCCCGGAACUUCGAGGUCACAUCAUCGACAACGUGGGAGGAAUUCAAGAAGACGUGUUCUGGGAGGUGGGAAACGAUUGGUCUUCUCUUCAUCCUCACGGGUCUAGCCACAGACUUGGUUUCCCAUGACCACCCGGUGUUUACGGAUACCGAUGCAAUGGAUGCAAAGACACUCGCCACAACUGCGACCGCGGUAGGUGAUAUAUGUCUUCAGUUCUGUGACAGCACUGGAAUAGCGAAUGAUCUUGUAAGCUGGAUGUUACUGCAUCAGACUUCGCUUUUAACAAUUGUUUAUGGCGAAAGUGGUAAGUGGUCUGAUCAUUAUCCGCCCAUGAUAUCCACUGACAUAAUUCUAGAUUUCCGACCUUGGAGGAAGCUGGGGGAGUUGUCCACAACGGUAUUUGCACUCGGCUUGCAUCAAGAUUCUAGUACAAAUGCACCAUUCUUCCUCGCAGAGCUUCGAAAACGAACGAUGGUUGCAGCAUUCGCGGUUGACAAAGUCCUUGCGACCUUCCUAGGCAGACCACCACUCAUUAGCUGGCGAUAUUGUAAUAUUCCGAUGCCCCUUGACCUGAGUCUGGAGGAAGUCUUCGCCGAACCUAAUGUUCGCGAUGCUGCAAUAGCCCGGUUGGACGGGGCCACCGGGUGGAAUCAGGCAGGGACCUUGAAAAAGGGCCCGUGGGCUCGAACUGCACUAAUCACUAGUAUCCUCCGGGAGAAAGUAUUGGAGUUAUCAUUAAGCUGGCAGACCGAGAACUUGAGCGAAAGAGUCGAGGAACUGAUACAAGAAUCGCGCCGUUUAAGACAAGGACUGCCGGACUUCCUCCAGUGGAUGCCUGAUGGGGACGAAGCAGACAUUUCAAGAGUAGAGGAUGCAUUCCUGUUCGAACUCUACUUGGAAUUUCUCUAUAAUGACUUCUUGCUCUAUCGAACCCUCGGACAGCGCACACAUACCCAGCCACCGGAGAUCAUCGAUACUUCCCGUGAAGUCCUGAAGGCAUUGAUCCUGAUGGUUUCCAAGAUUAUUCGCUGUGGACAGGCUAUGAGCGGGACCGGUUGGAUACUUUGCUUACCAGGUCUACCUUGUGCCGGCGUGCUUUCGGCAGAAUUACUACGUCAAUCUCGAUCACCAAUACGAGCAAAUUCAUCCAGCUUUCCCCGGUCGGAGAUUAUCCAAAAUCUCACUCUUUACGCGUCUUAUCUAGAUACCAUGAUCAAACCACAUGAGGGCAACUUUCGUGUGGCACAGCAAGGACAGAAAGCAAUUCGACAAGUUUUGGAUCAAGUCCUUUCGGCCGAGCAACUCCCUCCCGUGAUUGAUGAGAGUCAAUGGGGAGGUACGAUGGUUCGGAAUGAUGAUAACAUGCUUGAUGGAGUAAAUCUUGACGAGCAUGACUUGUUUUUCAACUUGGUGGAUGGAGGCAUGCAGCAGAUGUCGGAAUCUUGCCUGACAUGGGUCAAUUUCUCCUGA